GUUGUAUUGAGAGCACCGUUGGCUGAAGGGGAGAAGCAGCAGCAGCAGCAGCAGCGGCGGAGUUUUUCAAAAGUAGAAAAUCUGGCAGAGAAGGAAGGUGAUCCAUUGGUCCGGGUGGAGGCUGUCUGGAGAGGAGGGAAGGAUGCGGGGAGAGCCAGACCUAGCUGAUCUGGAAGCAAGAAAAGGCCCUGAUGCCUCCGAGGCUGGAAGUAGAAGGCGACUGUGGGAAGAGACCAGGCAGACAAGCCUGGGAGACAACAUCCUCCUGUCAGAUGUGCAGCUCCAGCUCUUCAGGCACUUCUGCUACCAGGAGGCCGAGGGGCCCCGUGAGACUUGCAGCCGACUCCAUCAUCUCUGCUGCCAGUGGCUGAAGCCGGAGAGGCACAGCAAGAGGGAGAUGCUGGACCUGGUGCUUCUGGAGCAGUUCCUAGCUGUCCUGCCUCCGGAGAUGGAGAGCUGGGUCAGGGAAUGUGGGCCGGAGAGCAGUUCCCAGGCAGUGGCCCUGGCAGAAGGCUUCCUCCUGAGCCAGGCAGAGGAGAACUGGAACCAGCAGGUUCAGAAGCAGUCUGGGCAGGAGGGCUACCAUGGAGCAAAUUUGAUGGGUGGCAUCUUGAAACCAGUGAUGUAUUCACUGCCAUCUCUUUGGGACAGAGAAAAAGCAGCUUCCAGGCAGCCAGACAGGGGUCCGGUGACCUUUGAGGAGGUGUCUGUGCACUUCACGGAGGAGGAGUGGGCCCUGCUGGAUCCGGGCCAAAGAACCCUUCACAAGGAAGUCAUGGAGGAAACCUGUCAGAAUGUGGCCUCUCUGGAGGUUGGUGGUCCCCAGAACAAGACUGAGGAAGAACCACAACACCCCCCAUUGGAUGAGAAAUACCAGACAAGAAACACAGAAGAAAACCAGAAUAGGAGGAAUGAAUCUUCUGCUUCCGGUUCUGAAUCUCAUGACAUCCCCACAGACCAAGGAAGGAUCAAUUGCCCUGUGUGUGGGAAAACGUUCAUUCAUAAAUCAGUGUUUAAUACACACUGGAGAAUCCACACUGGGGAGAAAACAUACAAAUGUUUAGAAUUUGGACAGACCUUUGUUCAGAAGACACAUCUUAUGGAAAUCAAAAGAAUCCUAACGGAGGAGAAAGCAUAUAAAUGCUUGGAGUGUGGAAAGACCUUUGUCAAGAAAGUAUAUCUUAUGCGACACGAAAAAAUUCAUACAGGAGAAAAACCUCAUAAAUGCUUGGAAUGUGGAAAGAGCUUUACUCAGAGUGGCAACCUUACUGUCCAUCAACGAAUCCACACAGGUGAGAAACCAUAUAAAUGCCUGGAGUGUGGAAAGAGCUUUGUUGAGAGGUCAAAACUUAUAAUCCAUCAACGAAUCCACACAGGAGAGAAACCAUAUAAAUGCUUGGAGUGUGGAAAGAGGUUUAAUGAUAGUGGAGGCCUUACUGUCCAUCGAAGAAUCCACACUGGGGAGAAACCAUAUAACUGCUUGGAGUGUGGAAAGAGCUUUGCUCGGAGAGAAAAACUUACUGUUCAUCAACGAAUCCACACAGGGGAGAAACCAUAUAAAUGCUUGGAGUGUGGAAAGAGCUUUACUCAGAGUGGCGCCCUUACUGCCCAUCAACGAAUCCACACAGGGGAAAGACCAUAUAAAUGCUUGGAGUGUGGAAAGAAUAUUGGCCAGAAGGUACAUCUUAAGCAGGACCAAAGAAUUCACGCAGGAGAAAAACCUACCUUUGAAUCACACAUAGACAAACACACAUACACAGAAACACUUGAUGCACUUGACCAAAAAGUACAUGGAGGAUGUUUCUGCAAACCAAAAGCAGAGCUGGCCCAAUCUGUCACCUAUACAUUCCCAAAAGAGACUCUAGAUACUCAAAGUAAGGAGAAGGGCAAGGAACAAAGGAGUGCCACAAUAACAUGGCUUUGUGUAGAUUACAAGCUAUCUAAUAUUUGAAGUUACAAGU